GUGCUUGAUACGUUUUCGGGCCAUGGAUGACGACGAGGCUGGGGAUUCAGUGAGCUUGCCACCCUCAGUCGCGGAGACAGAUGAUGAAGCGCUGCAGCAGCAGCAAGAUGAUGAAGACGACGUGUCUUUGCCGCCAGAGGUGGUGGAAGAUGGUUUUCCUGAGGAGGCUCAGUGCUGCAAGAGGCGCAAUUGCAAAUCACUCUUCGAUCGAGCAGUUUUGGAAACGUACCAGGCUGAAUUUUCCCAUUGCAGCCAAGCCGUGCGCUUGAACAAAACUUAUGAGAAAGUCCGCGAUGUCUUCAAGGCCGGCGGGUCUGACACGAAGAAGCCAAUGCCAUGGGCACUGCUGGGCAAACCAGUGUGCAGGAAGUUCUUUGAAACAAUCCAUCAAGUUGGCCAUGGCACUAUGGACCAAAUGGUUCUCCAUUGCAAAAAUGGCCACACAUCCUGGCCGCAACAACGGGGUCCUAGACUGCAAAGAGACGCUCCUGCCACCGAUACCGUGGAUGUUUGGUUCAUGACGGUGUACAAUGACCUGGCUGAACCUCUUGCCAUUCCUGGUUCGGAAGGGCGGUUGGAAUCUGCUGGGCUUGAGGAACAGCUGCAGCAACAUGAAGUAGUGGACGGAAAUGACCCGUUGCUGUCAGUCAGUCUCAAUUUGAGGCGGCACGCGAAUCCAAAGACAGACCCGCAUGGGCGGGUGCUGAUCCCUAAAAGGUAUUUGAAUUUUGCAGAUGAGUCUGCUCUAUUCAACUUCUACCAGAUCGACGAACCAUCUCCGCAGCAAGUUUCCCGUAGCACCUUUCGAAAGGACAUUGCUGAUUUGGUCGAGUACUUGAAGGAUCACAUGAAAGCAGCUGUCAACAGAGAGAUUGUGAUCGAAGAGUUGACAAAUACUAUGGAUUUCAAGACUUGGCUGGGAGAUGCCAACCUACAUGUCCAAGGGCUGACAAGUACCCACUUGGAGCCGCACGCCAAUCAUGUUUGGAGAUUUACUCCCCGCGCUGAAGUGGACCCGGCCCAUGGAGCUAUCGAGUGCCAUCACCCAGAUUGGCGUGGUCUUCCGGAGCAUCCACAAGAUGUGAUCUUGACAGUGAAGCAGUACAUGAGCUCCCCAUCUCCAUCCCAAUGUCCGCAGCUGAUUCUACCCUUGGCAAUAAGCGAGAAAUUGCAGGAGGAGAAGCUCAAGCCUGCUGCCCAGAAUCAAUUUAGCGAAACCACGCUGCAGGAGUUCCGGAAGACAGCUGAAAUUUUUUCCCAGAUUUCGCAGAGCAGCGAUGCCUUGAAUCAGGGCGUUUGGACGCAGCUCUGCCACAAGACUUGGAAACCGCUGAUGUUGAACCUGAAGCUGGGCAAGAACCAAGACCUGCGGGUCAGAUCUACAGGGAUCUCGCAAAGCGAUGAUGCCGGCUGCUGCUACAGCUGCAGCAACGAGCGCGCAGAAUCUGAAAGUGGCCUGGCCCCGGCCCAACCGGAUACAUCAAUGUCCUUGGAGUCGGGUUCGGAUGUUGAGUUGCCAGAUCCUGUGUUUGAUUUCGACACGGAGAACAUAUCGCCAGUUGCCUCUGCCGUACCUGCGCCUGAACAAGUGGCCACACACGGGCCGCAGGAUUUCAAUUUGUUCGCGUUGGAAUUGUUUUCCCCUCCGAGCGUGCUUCCACAUGUGAGAUCCGUUGGUGGCCCAUGCCGGAUGUCCUUGGAUAUCCUGACCGGUUGGAACCUGCAGCACAAGGAAGUUCAAGACAUUGUUUUUGGCAUGUUGGAAGCAGGCAAACCCAGAAUGGUUUUUUUGUCUCCGCCUUGUACCAUUUUCAGCUGUUUGCAAAAAUGCUUUCGCAAUUAUGAGAAGAUGGGCCCCAAAGUUCUGGAAGAGAGAUGGCGAGAAGGUUGUGACCAUAUGAAUUUGUCGGUGACCGUUGCUGAGCGGCAGGACCACAACGAUGACUUCUUCAUGUUGGAACACCCACAGCGAGCCUCCUCGUGGGAAUUGGAAUCCACUCAGAAAUUGCGGGCUAAGCAGCGUGUAGGCAGCGUUGAUUUCGAUCAAUGCAUGCUAGGCCUUCGAGCGCCCAAUGGUAAGUUGAUGAAAAAAAGGACCCGCAUUGUGAGCAACAAUGCCUGGCUGCUAUCCAAGCUGUCCCAUUCCCAAUGUGAUAGGCAGCAUGAGCAUCAACCCAUUGAGGGGUCGAUGAAAGGUCGAAGCUUGAGUUGGUGGGCCCAACACUACCCUGAUGGCCUGGUGAAAAUUUUAGCAGAGAGUGUGAGCCACUAG